CUUCCGCCUGUCUUCUCAGCCAGGAACGCACAUAACUGCCCCUCCAUUCCGAUAUUGUCAAUCAGAACUCGGCAGAAGCGUGUCGGAGGGAACCAGCGUGGCCGCUAUCAACAAGAACAUGUCGUCCUCCACGAAUAGCACCCAGCGGGUGCCGGCCUGGAAGCGAUUGGGCCUCAAACUUAAGCAACAGCCUGCAGCAGCAGGAGGUACAGACAUUGGAAGCAGUGGGCCCCCCUCUUCCACACCAGGAGGAUCGCGGCCCAACUGGGCAGGAACUCAGAAUCUGGGCGUCAACGCCUCGGCUGUGACCACCAAACGAAAAUUGCCUGAAAAUUCCACGGAUUCCCCUCCUGCGGCGGCUUCACCUUACAAAAAGGCCCGCACGAGCGACGCGGCCUCCUCUGCCACUCCCACUCUAAAGAAACAAAAGUCCGUCUCCUUCGCCGAAGACACGAAACCCGGCCUCCCUGCCCUGGCGGAGCGCAACGGCAUCAAGACGCCGUCGAAGAAACAGGCCGUGAAGGCGUCGGCGCCGAAGAAACAAAAGAAAUCUCAGCCAGAAGCGGAUAUCAAGCCGGCCCUAGCCUACCUCAAGGCGUGGAAGACGUCCCGGGACAGCUGGAAGUUCAACAAGAACCACCAGACUCUGUUGGUGAAGCGGGCCUUCCGGCCCGACGCUAUCCCGUCCGAAGACAUCGAGACGUUCUACGAGUACAUUCGAGACUUGAAAGGGUACACGCGACAGCGACUGAGGGAGGUGGCGAUGGAGGUCCGGAAAGAAGACGAUGCCGCGCGGGGCAAGGAAGGGUUUCCGGAGGGGACUGCAGACCCCGAUUCCAAGCAGGCCGAGUAUGAAGCUCUCGUCGAAAGCUUUAAGAGGCUAGACACCGGAGCUGGGGGGUCAAAGAGGAAGAGGUUCGACGAGGUCGAGUUCGUGUCUCGAAAUCUGGACAACGCUGUCACCCAGAGGGUCGUGAAGCGGAUGCGGGCCGAAUUGAUACUGGAGGAUUUGUCAGAAAGCGAGGACAGCACAGACAGCGAUGCUGAAACGACGACCACCACGGAAACCUCCAAGACCACGGCCACCAGCGAGUCGUCGACGCCGGCGCCGCCGCCGCAAAAUGUCGCCCGGGUGGACGAGCGGCAGCGGCUGCCGAAACUGGAGAAUGAGACUCUGCCCCUGCCACGCGCGCGGCGGCGCAAGGUGCGCGUCAUGGCUGAUGACACGAGUUCGGACGAGUCGUCGUCGGAUUCUGAUUCUGAUUCCGAUUCCGAGAGCGAUUCGGGGUCCGAUGCCAGCGGCAGUGGAAGCGGCACAGACGGCAGUUCGUCGGACGAGGACGGCGGCGAUUCCGCGGACGACGAUGAUACAUCGAGCAGUGAUUCCGCCGACUCGUCGGAUGAGGAGACCGAAGCCGAAUCGUCGGAGGAUUCGUCGGAUAGUGAAGAUGAGCUGCCUAGCAAAGCGAGAGGGGCUCAGUUGAAGAAGGCGAGGUGAAAGGUUCUCGAUCCAAAGAUCAGGAACUGAUGAACAGUUAAUUGGACUUCGGAUGGUGGAAACUCAUUAAUUGUAGAGUUAGACCUUUAGACACCACCUUGUAGGUGGGCAAUUUCUAGCAAUGGACAGAUAAGGAUACCCCCUUCCCCUA